CAGUGUCUUUGUUCGCGAAAAUUGUGCCCACAGCGCAACUCCGUCAAUCGUCGAAUGAUCAAUCAGAGAGCGCCGCGUUCCAUAUCUCGCCUUCGUUUUCGGCCCUCGAGAACCUUCCUGGUAGAAAAGAACGAUCGCGGCACACUUGUUUUGCACGUAUCAGAAGCAAGUUCUCUCGGCUUAACGCAACAUUCUCAACCGAUUUGUGCGCGACAUCGCCGCCCAAUCAUCCAAGUGUGGCAGUGUCCAGAGAGACAGUAUUCUCCACGAGUGAUUAUCGAGCUUAUCCAAGAAGCUCGCACGGAAUCUCUGUUAUCGAAUCGCGUUCGCGCUCGGAGUCUGCCUCGCGAGCAAGAAUUCCUCGACCGCAAGAUUUCAGUCGUAAGGGCAUCAAAUCGAUGCUUGGCAAGAUCUCCGUCUCGCGUUUGCGGCAGAGUAUUGACGCCUCAAGAUUUCCGAGCGAUUCGAACCACGACAGUAUCCGUCAAGUGUGACAAGAGGUCCCGGUGCAAGUUAAUCGCGGAAAAUAAUUUACUCAAUCGAAAAACUCCUUCCAAAAGAAUGACCUCAAAGAAAUGGUCGGUAGAAGAGGUAGAACAUUUAAUUUUGGCUGUCCAACAUAGAAGGGCUCUGUGGGACAUUAGUCAACCGGUGGACCAGAGAUCCAAGGAAACCCGGAAACGACUCUGGGAAGAAGUUACUGAUGAAUUGAAUGGUGUAGUCGACGCAAUUGCUGUAAAGCAGAAAUUUAAAUCAUUACGCGAUACAUAUCGCAAAAUUGUCCAGUCAGAGCAGUACCUUCCGAGUGGAUCUGGGAGGAAUGAAAAUGAGGACCGUCACAAGUGGAAGCACUACGACAGAAUGGAGUUUCUUCGUGAUACCAGUCUAUCGAAGGACACGUCUAGUAAUAAUAUUUCUAUCACAGCGAACGAGCUAUUAAAUAAAUCGGUGGACCAGUCAACUUCUCAAGUACAAAAUCCGAUUGACAUAGAUCCAAAUGACAGUAGUAGCACAGAAAGCGAGACAGAAACGCCAACUUUAUCAAGUACUUUUACGAGUGGAAAAAGCCGAAGACUCAAUACCAAUUUUACUAUUGAUAGCGAUAUAUCAGUUGCUUCUAUGCAUUUGUUGGAUAAACUAAUCCAAAUUUUUGAGAGACGGGAAAAGGCGCAAAAUGUUGCACCACCAAAUAUAAAUGGUCCAUUCGAUGAGGUGGAUCAUACGCUACAAACAGCAGCAUUACAUUUGCGCAAAAUGUCGCCUCAACUACAAAUGCGAACUUUACAGGAUAUUGUCCAAAUGACCUUCUCCAGACUACAAGAAGAAACGAAUAAUAAUUAAAUUUCUUUCAGCUAGAUGUUUUAGAAGAUUCCGACAACACAUUUUAUAUUUUUUUUA